AUGGAUAUAAACUUCGUCCUUGUCACAGGCGCAACCGGCUUCAUCGGCGCUCACAUCGUCGAUGCCCUUCUCGCCCAGGGCCUCCGCGUGCGCGGCGCCACGCGCUCCAUGGCCAAAGGCGAGGCAAUGAUAGCAGCACGUCCGCAAUACAAAGACAAGCUCGAGUUUGUUCAGAUCGACGACUUUGAGAGCCCUGGUGGACUAGUUGAGGCCGUGAGCGGUGUCGAUGGGAUUAUUCAUACUGCGAGUCCCUUCACAUACAACACAACCAACAACGAAAAAGAGCUCAUCAUCCCCGCGAUCAACGGCGUCAACGCCGUCUUCGAAGCCGCAGCAACUUCCACACCCCCAAUCCACCGCAUAGUCCUAACAUCCUCCUUUGCCUCCGUCAUGGACGCGAACAGACCAGCGGCCACUACAGAAUCCGGAUACUUCACCUACACAUCCGCCGACUGGAACCCGCUCUCCUACGCCGAAGCAGCGCACCCACUCACCAGCGCCGUCGUCGCAUACCGCGGCUCCAAGAAAUUCGCCGAGCUGGCGGCGUGGGAGUUCAUUAAGACCAGAAAGCCAAAGGCGAGCUUUGAUCUUGUGUCGCUCUGUCCGCCCAUGACGUUCGGGCCCGUCGUGCACCCUGUCCCGACAGUGGAGGACCUAAACGAGUCCAAUGCGAUGCUGUGGAAUGUUGCAGUUGGGAAACCGCUCCCUGUAGCCCGUGUUCCGUUCUGGAUCGAUGUUCGGGAUCUGGCGAGUGCGCAUGUUGGCGCUCUUUUGAAUGAGGAGGUUGGGGGGAGGAGGUAUACGCCUGCGGCGCCGGAGAGGUUCUCGUAUGCGCUUGCGGCGGCGGUUGUCAAGGGUGAAUUUGAGGAUCUGAGGGAUGGGGUUUCGGAUGAGAAGCAGGAUGUUGAUGAGAGUCAUGGGUUGGAUGGGGAGACGGCGGGGAGGGAGUUGGGUUUCUCGUAUGGGAGGUUUAGAGAGACAGUGCGGGAUUUGGUGAGGCAGGGGGUUGAGAGGGGGUGGUGA